AUGGACAUAACUUUACAAAAAGCGGUAAUAAUAACGGUAGCUCGUAUUCAAUCUAAUGAAAUUUUAGCUUUCUUAAUGCGUGAUUAUAGCGAAUUUAGUACUGCAGAUUUCGUGGCUAUUUUACCUCCUAUUGUUGUAGGUAUUGGUUCAGCAUCCAUCGCUACUGCUGCCCUGCUAGUCAUUUUAAUGGAAAUACAUCGUAGAGGUCAUAUAUCUGAUCGAACGGUUCAUAUAGACGGUCAGCCCCUCAAUGACGAAGUAGUAAAUGCUUUAAAUGAAGUUAAUGAGACGGUGUCUACCGCUACUGACUUGGUGGAUAGAACUACAUCAUUAGUAGAAGGACAGGGCGGGGAGAUAGCUGCUAGGGAAUUAGAUCGAGUUAGAAAUAUUUUUGAUUAUGCUAAUGAUAUACGUAGAAACUUAAAUGAAAUCCUAGCUCGUCUCCCAGAGGAAGGUAUUGCUCUAAGAAAUAUUGAUAUAGAUGAAUUUAGAACAAUAACCACUGACUUUUUAGAUGCAUUCGAACAAUUCAUGAAUAUUUUAUAA